AUGGCGGCCGCCGGCGACACCGUGGUCGUGCCCCGCAACUUCCGACUCCUCGAGGAGCUGGAGAAGGGGGAGAAAGCCAUGGGUUCCUUCGGAUACCUCUCCUACGGCCUGGCCGAUCUGGAGGAGGACGUGAUGAUGGUCAACUGGAACGGGACCAUCAUCGGGCCGAACAACACGCCGUUCGAGUCCCGCAUCUACUCGCUGCAGAUCGAGUGCGGCGAGAACUACCCCGACGCGCCCCCCGCGGUGAAGUUUCGCACGCGGGUCAACCUCCCGUGCGUCACCGACGCCGGGCUGGUGGAGCGCAAGUCGCUGCCGGUGCUGAGCACCUGGAGGAGGAGCAACACCAUCGAGGACUGCCUCAACGCGCUCUACAUGCUGAUGCAGCAUCCGAGCUCCAGGAGGCUCCCGCAACCCCCGGAGAACGCGCCGGAGUACCCGUGA